UUAAAGGGAAACACUGGAAAAAAACAAACAAUACAACUUAGAAAACCAAGUUUAAAGCACGUCAGCUCGUAAUUUUUAUUGUUAAAUCAUCCUAUUUAAGAGGAAGAAACGAAGAAUUAUUUUUGCAACAUAUCCUUCUGGGCCAAUUCUUUGUUGUGCUGUGUUACAAAACUAUACAAACAUGAAAGGCGUAGCCUGCGUGCUGCUAGCUGUUGUGGUAGCAGUGAGCUCUGUUAGCUUCUUUGACCUUGUGCGCGAGGAGUGGAAUGCCUUCAAGCUGGAGCAUAAGAAGGAGUAUGAUAGUGAAGUUGAAGACAAGUUCCGGAUGAAGAUCUUUGCAGAGAACAAACACAAAAUAGCCAAACACAAUGCACGCUUUGAACGUGGUCAGGUGACCUACCGCCUCAAGCCUAAUAAAUACUCUGAUAUGCUGCACCAUGAGUUUGUCCACACCAUGAAUGGUUACAACAGAACGCUCAAACACAACAAGGGUCUUUACGGAAAGGGGCGUGAUGUUCGCGGCGCGAGAUUUAUUUCACCCGCUAACGUUCAGCUGCCUGAGCAGGUGGACUGGCGUCACAAGGGAGCUGUAACAGAUGUCAAAGACCAGGGCAAAUGUGGUUCUUGCUGGUCCUUCAGUACCACUGGGGCACUAGAAGGACAACACUUCCGACAGAGCGGAUAUCUGGUAUCUUUAUCCGAGCAGAACUUGAUCGACUGUUCAGCGCCAUACGGCAAUAAUGGUUGUAACGGAGGUCUCAUGGACAACGCGUUUAAGUAUAUCAAGGAUAACGGUGGUAUCGACACCGAGCGGACUUACCCCUACGAAGCUGUGGAUGACAAGUGCCGCUACAACCCCAAAAACUCCGGUGCUGAUGAUGUAGGCUUUGUUGACGUACCAGCUGGGGAUGAAGAAAAGCUGAAGGCGGCUGUCGCCACCAUAGGACCCGUGUCUGUGGCCAUCGAUGCCUCACAGGAGUCUUUCCAGAUGUACUCCGAUGGUGUCUACUACGAUGAGAACUGCUCCCCUGAGAAUCUUGACCAUGGGGUGCUCGUGGUGGGAUACGGCACUGACGAGCAAGGUGGCGACUAUUGGCUUGUGAAGAACUCUUGGGGCCGCACCUGGGGCGAACUCGGCUACAUCAAAAUGGCGCGAAACCGCGACAACCACUGCGGAAUCGCUUCCGCCGCUUCAUACCCUCUUGUUUAAUUUUAUGUAAAUACUUUUAGAUUCACUGUAGUAUUAGUGUUAAACGAAAUCUACUUGAAUCCAGGAGUAUUGUAUUUAAGUAAAUACUGUUUAUAACCGUGUGAUAAUUACAUUCUAUAUUAGUUUGUAAGAGAAUAGUAAAUUUAAAAAAAAAUGAGAUUCUCUCUAAUUUUUAGGUUACAACAUUAAUAGUAGUAUAUUAUAGUGUAAGAAAAUAACUGUUUUGCUCUCAACACUUAUGAUAAUUUAAGUUAAUAAAUUAAUGUUUUGAUA